AUGCUAAAAUGUUGCAGGACUUCGGUGGAGAAGCAGCUGGGCUCCGUGAAAACGUUAAGAAAGUGCACAGAACUCGAGAAAUCUGUUGCUACCAUAGUGAUAGUAUUUAAUAAUCACACUGCUGCAGAUGGCAAACUCAGCAAAGGCCAGGCUAAAGAUUUACUUUCAACCCAUUUUCAGAGUUUCAUAAAGGGCCAAGAACUGAAACCAAAAUACAAAGAAAUUCUGUCUGAUCUUGAAGAAUACAAAGACGCCAGGCUGGGCUUUGAAGAUUUCAUGAUUCUUUUGACAAGUCUAACCAUCAUGUCAGAUCAGAUGCAUGAGAUACGAUCUGUAACAGUGAAACAAUGA